AUGGGUUAUGUCUUUCAAGGUAAAUAUUCGAAACAAAUUCAUGAUCGACUUACUACAUUUGAUGAGAAACUAUUUACGAAAAUGUUGCAUGGAAUCAAAGCUAUGGGUCGAACAUAUCGUCUCUUUGGAGCAUCUAGUAGUCAGUUACGAGAUAUGUCAUUUUGGUUCAUUUCAUUUCAAUAUGAGAAGAACUUCACAUCGAAUAUGACGAAUCUUGUCAUGAUGGUCGAUGAUAUUAAAACCGAAGAUAAAAAGUAUUGUUUUACUAAUGGAAUUGGAAAAAUGUCUUGGGGAAUAGCUGGUCUAAUAGCAAUAAAAUUAGAUAUCAAAUUAGAAAUCAAGGAAGAUAUUCCAUCUGCCUAUCAGGUUCGUAUCGCAGGUUGUAAAUGCAUGUUAGUCAUCGAUCCAGAGUCGACAUUAAACGAUUAUUAUAUCAAAAUCAGACCAUCGAUAGAAAAAUUUCAAUCAAACAAUUGGGAUUUGGAAGUAUGUGAAUAUAGUAGAACACAAUUAAAAUUGAAUAAUCAAGUGAUUAUGCUUCUAUCUGAUUUGGGUAAUUCCGAUGCAAUUUUUGAAUCUUAUCAAAAUCUUGCUAUGACCAGUCUCUUCGCUUCAAACGUCAAUGAACAAAGACGAAAACUAAAAUAUUCAUCAACGACAGAGGAUCUAUUAAAAAAUAAGAUCCCAUUAGUAUUGAAUGAAGGAAGAAAUAUGUUCGGUGUAGUCGAUGAAACUGGAACGUUAGAAUAUGGCGAAGUAGUAGUGGCAAAAAUGCCCUGCUUAUAUCCUGGUGAUGUUCGAAAAUAUACUGCUGUGAACGUACCUGAAUUGCAAACACGUAUACGUGAUUGUAUUGUAUUUCCAAUUAAAGGACAUCGACCUCAUCCAAACGAAAUGUCCGGGUCCGAUUUAGAUGGGGAUAAAUACUGGGUAAGUCUAAUUAUUGAAGAAGUUUGAAACUGUACCUUCUUUGCGUAGCCUCACGAGGAUUCUAACUACUGGAACGUCUCGAUGCUCCCAUAGUGCAGGUAUUCCAACGAUAAUCUCAAAAUCCUGAACUAACCCGUUUUCGGGAUCUUUAAUCAAUCCUAAUUCCGUUCUUCAGACAGUAUGCCACACAGGCCUAAGGGAGUGCCCUACAAUGUUGGAUUUCAGUAUGAUUCUAUUAAAGCUUUCGUUUGAGAUACAACUUAUAUAAAUUGCAAAUCAAGGAAUUUUCCUUACCGUUCUUUGAAGCAGAGUAAGAUGAUUUUUGGUGAAACUUCUCUCAAGCAUCUAUACUCUGUACGUAUUUGAUCUUGAAUGAGAGACUCUCAGUGAUCUAAGAUACUUUUUGAAUAUGAGAGUUAAAUAAAGAUUUUGGAAUAUCCAAUACAGACUAGGUGAAAGUAUUACAAUGUGCCGUAAAACAUUCAAAAAAGAUUUACAUGAAUUCGAAAAGAUUCGAGCUACUUGGAAAUGUUGAAAGAUGCUUUUUAAGAACUCUGUACGUCAGGAGUAACAAACAUUUAUGUAGAAUGAAAUAGUGAUAAUCAUCAGUAUAGUAAUAAAAUAACUAACCAACUCAUUGGUGGUAUCUUUUAGACGUUCAAAGACGCUUUUGUUGCUUCUAUAACGUGCAAGCAACAGACAAGUUGAGGUUUGUAUUGUGAAUCAUUUAGUUGAACUCGACUUCUGUUGUACUUUCAAGAGGUGGUCUCUGCAGAUGAACUGCAAAAACGCAUGAAAGCAAUCUUGUUAUUGUCGACGACUGUAACAAUAUAUCACUAAUACAUAUUUUGAUAAAGCUAAAGUUGUAGAACAGUCAGGAAGUAUUCGCAAGACGAGGCAUGCCACGUCUUUGCACAUAACAACACUUAGGUAAACAUCGAUUCUUUCCGUGGAUUGCGCGCAGAAAGUGCACAUUAAUGCUGAAUAAGGCACUUUCACGUGUUCUGUUCAUUAAAAGUUGUCAGUGAUCGAAUUUUGCUUGCGGCAUUAGUUCUUCACGCUUUCCUUUUCACAUGAAGUUUGAUGAAAGAAGAAAAAGCCAGUGAAGUGUCAACCAGCCGAAUUUGUGCGUCGAAAUAAUCGGAUUGUUUUCGCACGGAACAGACAGACAGAAAAAACAAGUACCGUUCGCCGCUACUACUUUACGACGUCACUCUAUCCAUAGACUGAGGAGUCAUGGACAUAGAGGGAUGCAAACAAGGGCAGGGGCUGAAGGAUACGGGAAGACAUAUUCGCGAAAGCGAAAAAUGUUUUAAAACCAUGGUGGGCCGAUCUCCAGAAGUCGAUUCUACUUCAGAAAUGUCCGAACUACGUGCCUGAGGACAAGAUUUUAUCAUAU